AUGUUUGCUUUCUAUAUACUUUGUAUAGCGAGUCUGUUCUCAGCUGGCUGGAGUCAAGGCUAUGGCUCCACUUGUGACUAUAUCAAGUGCUCGAGCAAAGUAAGUGAGGUAUGUGCCCAGGUGCCGGGCACAACGCUUACCCUGACCUUCGCCAAUAGCUGUGAGGUGCAACGCCAUAGUUGUCAAACGGGCGCAUACUGGCACAUUAUCUAUGAAGGUAGCUGUGACUGUCCCAUCAAGUGUCCAUUCAAUUGCAAUCCCAUUUGUGCGCAGCUGGGCAAUGUGCAAAAGACGUUCAACAAUCAAUGCGAGUAUCUCAAGUUUAGCUGCCAAACAGGCGAACCCUGGGAGUAUGUGCAUAGUGAUGCCUGCGUCGGUCAACAUGCGCCACAUCCGGAAGCCAUCUAUGGUCCAUUUGGUGCUUCAAAUUAUCCACCUCCAUCCUCACCUUAUGGCUAUCCUGCUGCCUUUUCGCCUUAUUCUCCUUAUGCGCCUGCUGCUUAUGGCUAUCCAGCCUAUCCUCCACCACAGCUAUCUCCAUACUAUCCGCCCAUUCGUAGAGCUCAGUUGCCCACGGAAUCCAGCACUGUCUUUAGCACUACAGCAGCCACAACGACUACAUCGGCUCCAACCACAAAUGCUGCUGAUGCUCAGAGAAUACAAAGUCUACGCAAGGCAUUUGAAUCUCAGCCUACUGCUAGUAGCUCAAAUUCAACUACGACACCAGCCAGUUAUCCAGCAACGACCGCUGCUCCUGACAAUUCUACAGAGAGCUCAUCACCAGCGAGUGAAGCGCCAGCAGCUGCAAGAGUCCAGAGUCUAAGCCAGACAGCAACAGCGAAUUCCUCCACUACUCCUUACUCAAAUUCCUCUCCAACCACCCCCAGUUAUUCUUCAGAGUCAACAACCGCAGCUCCCGCCAAUUCUACGGAGAGUUCGCCACCAGCAGCUGCCAGACUUCAGAGUCUAAGCGAGACAGCAGCAACGAAUUCCUCUACUACUCCUAGCUACAGCUCCAAUUCCUCUCCAACCACCCCCAGUUAUUCUUCAGAGUCAACAACCGCAGCUCCCGCCAAUUCUACGGAGAGUUCGCCACCAGCAGCCGCCAGAGUCCAGAGUCUAAGCCAGGCAGCAGCAACGAAUUCCUCCACUACUCCUUACUCAAAUUCCUCUCCAACCACCCUCAGUUAUUCUUCAGAGUCAACAACCGCAGCUCCCGCCAAUUCUACGGAGAGUUCGCCACCAGCAGCUGCCAGAGUUCAGAGUCUAAGCGAGACAGCAGCAACGAAUUCCUCCACUACUCCUAGCUACAGCUCCAAUUCCUCUCCAACCACCCCCAGUUAUUCUUCAGAGUCAACAACCGCAGCUCCCGCCAAUUCUACGGAGAGUUCGCCACCAGCAGCUGCCAGAGUUCAGAGUUUAAACCAGACAGCAGCAACGAAUUCCUCUACUACUCCUUACUCCAAUUCCUCUCCAACCACCCCCAGUUAUUCUUCAGAGUCAACAACCGCAGCUCCCGCCAAUUCUACGGAGAGUUCGCCACCAGCAGCCGCCAGAGUCCAGAGUCUAAGCCAGGCAGCAGCAACGAAUUCCUCCACUACUCCUUACUCAAAUUCCUCUCCAACCACCCUCAGUUAUUCUUCAGAGUCAACAACCGCAGCUCCCGCCAAUUCUACGGAGAGUUCGCCACCAGCAGCUGCCAGAGUUCAGAGUCUAAACGAGGCAGCAGCAGCGAAUUCCUCUACUACUCCUAGCUACAGCUCCAAUUCCUCUCCAACCACCCCCAGUUAUUCUUCAGAGUCAACAACUGCUGCUCUACCCAAUUCUACAGAGAGUUCGUCACCAGCAGCCGCCAGAGUCCAAAGUCUAAACCAGACAGCAGCAACGAAUUCCUCUACUACUCCUUACUCAAAUUCCUCUCCAACCACCCUCAGUUAUUCUUCAGAGUCAACAACCGCAGCUCCCGCCAAUUCUACGGAGAGUUCGCCACCAGCAGCUGCCAGAAACAACAACUGCUGCUCCAGCCAAUUCUACGGAGAGUUCGCCACCAGCAGCCGCCAGAGUCCAGAGUCUAAGCAGGCAGCAGCAGCGAAUUCCUCUACUACUCCUUACUCAAAUUCCUCUCCAACCACCCUCAGUUAUUCUCAGAAGUCACACCGCAGCUCCCGCCAAUUCACGGCGGAAUUCGCCACCGCCAAGCUGCCAGAGUUCAGAGUCAAACCAGACCAGCAGCAAACGAAUUCCCUCCAAUACCCUUACUCCCAUUCCUCUCCAAACACACCCCAGUUUAUUCUUGCAGAGUCAACAAACCGCAGCUCCCCCAAUUCUACGGAGAGUUCGCCACCAGCAGCUGCCAGAGCUCAAAGUCUAAACCAGGCGGCAGCAGCGAAUUCCUCUACUACUCCAACAUCCAAAAGUUCUUCAACUACCCCAAGUAGUGCAGUCCAGACAACAACCGCUGCAGUCGAGACAACAACCGUAGCUUCGACGACGACGACGGAAGCUUCAGCAAACUCUACAAUUAAGCCUGCUGGCAAUCAGACGAUUGUUAGGGUAGCUGAGAAGGAUGAUGUGCCCAUAGUUAGGAUUAAGAAUGGCAGUCCAAAUCCCACAUAUGUCUUUAUAUUCAUGGGCAAAGGCGCUGGCAAAGAAGUUGAGAUAAUUAACGAGAACUGA